AUGUCAUUGUCCGCCACACUCAACCUGUGGCCCACCCAGCGUUACCACACGGUCGAUUUUCGACCUCCCACUUUCAAUGUGACGAAGACGGGAGAAACUCAAUCAGGCUUGAUUUUCAUAACUCCAGCUCUUCGUCACAUAAAUGAGUCGAGUUCCAAGGCCGCAAUCUCCGCCGUUGGACCUAUUCAAACUGAUGCGUUUGGUAUUUUCACUGAGGAUGGGCAACUUGUGUGGCAGGGCCCACAUGCUUUAAGGAAGGAAUACACGCCAGAUUUCGGCGUGGUUACUAGAAACUUUAUGGCUCAAUAUUACAUGGGUAAACCCGUGUUGACAUACAGGUCAGGUCUUGGUUCGAAUAACGGAAUGGGAUAUGGAAAUAUCACUAUACUUGAUGACACCUAUACACCAAUCACAACGAUCUGUCCCAAGUUAGGGCUACUCACCCCACCGAGUGCUAAUUUGACUGAUCCUAUAUGCAUUACCUCUAUGGAUCUUAGCCCGGUUGGCGGUCCAAGUCUUGGCUAUGUAUAUGACUCUCAAUUCUACGAGAUAGACAUUGCUACCGGUAAUAUAGUGUUCAACUGGAGUUCUGUUGCCUCUGAAAUUCCCAUCACAUACUCCGAACUUAGACCAGGUGUCAACUCCGGAACUGGUUUAAACUCGAGUGAUCCUUUCGAUUGGUUCCGCCUCAAUAGUAUAUCAUCUGUUGGGGAUGGAUAUCUUAUUAACAGUCGUACCUGCUGGACUACUUGGUAUCUCAGUAGUGCUGGUGAGAUUCAAUGGCAAAUUGAGGGCAACAACACCGAAGGACAAAGUAAUUUCUUCGUUCCCGAAGAAGCAAACUUCGAAUGGCAACAUGAUGCUCGCAUCAGUAAUAAUACCAACACAAGCGCUGUCCUUCGCUACUUUAACAAUCGCAAUAAUGAAUUCUCAGAUCGAAGCGUAUUCAACCAAUCCAAUGGUCUCCGGCUCUCUCUGAAUCUCGUAGACAAAACUCUAGUUGUGGAAAAAACUCUCACCGAUCCUGCCUACCGUAAUUUCCCCAAUUCCCAAAGAUCUUUCGGCCCGCUUGAAAAUGGCAAUACAUUUAUCGGCUGGGGCGCCGUUGCCCGCCUUACAGAAUUCGGACCCGAUGGUGAUAACGACGUUCGUCUACGAAUCCAGUUCGGUUAUGACCACGCCCAAUCCUUUCGCGCCUACAAACAAUCCUGGAACGCGACGCCAUUUUGGAAUCCAGAUGUUGUGGGACUUAACGACACCGCGUACAUGAGUUGGAAUGGAGCGACUGAUCAUACGACUUAG